UUCUUUGACUAGACUUUCAGAUAUCAUUAAUAGUGGGCGUGGCUUAAUAUAUUGUGCGUGGGUGUUGGCAGAUAUGUCAAAAAGAAAGGGACUUAGUUUGGAGGAAAAGAGACAGAGAUUACUGCAGAUCUUUUAUGAAAAAAAAGAAUUUUUUCAAUUAAAAGAGCUAGAAAAGAUUGCCCCAAAAGAGAAAGGAAUAACCCUCCAGUCAGUAAAAGAUGUCUUACAGUCACUAGUUGAUGAUGGACUGGUCGACUCGGAAAGGAUUGGAACUUCUAACUAUUUCUGGUCCUUUCCCAGCAAAGCAUCAAAUAUUAGAAAGAGAAAGAGAGAUGAGUUAAAGGAAAAAUUGGAAUCAUUAAAAAGAAGAAAAGUUAAUUUAGAGCAAUUGUUGAAAGAUACUUUGAAAGGAAGAGAAGAAACAGCAGAGCGGACUGCUGUAUUGGAGUCUCUAGAGGAGAAGAAUGCUUUGAAAGUAGAUCUUAAAAUGGAGUUGGAUAAGUAUAAACACUGUGAUCCAGAGGCCAUCGGAAACUUGCAAAAGGAAACAGUCACAGCAACCGAAGCUACUAACAGAUGGACAGAAAACGUGUUCACAAUCAAGAGUUGGUGCAAGAAUAAGUUUGGAACGGAAGAGAGUACCUUAAAUAGUCUAUUUAACAUACCUGAGGAGUUAGAUUAUAUUUAAGAAAUAAAUAAUAACAACAUGUAUUAUAUAUAUGAUAAGA